UCUCCCCUUGAAAUCCAUCCCACUUCUCCUCAACGGCUAAUUCCGUUCCAUCUCCUCCUCCGCUCCGAUCCGAUCCCCAUCCAUGGCCGCCGCCGCCCCGCCCUCUCCGCGCCCGGACAUGCCGCCGCCUCCCGUUCCGCCGGCCACGGGGCGCCGGCCGCGGCCCCGCGCGCGCGAAGUCAGCUCCCGGUACCUCUCCACGCCCGUCCCCUCCACCCCGCGCCUCUCCACCGCCUCCUCCUCCUCCACGCGGUCCCGCUCCCCGACCCCGUCCCCGCGCGCCCGCACCCAGCGAGCCGGCACGCCCUUCGCCAACGAGAACCACCCCCCUCCACCUCCGCCUCCCACCGGCACGGUCGCGCGCAGGCGGGCCGUGCAGAAGCUGUUCAACGAAAUGGGGACCAAUAACCCGCGCGCGUCGUUCAGCUCUAACUCCUCCGCCGUCUCCGCCUCCGACUCCGUCCCCGCCGCGACUCCACGUCCGCUCCCGCGCUCGUCCAGCGGGCCGGCGGCGUCCACCGUGCGGAGGGGAUACCCCCGCCUUCCGACGCCCGCGCGCGCCGGCUCUUGCCCUACCGCCACCCCCGCCUCCGCUGUGGUGGACUCCGACGCCGCAUCGUGCUGCUCGUCGUCCGACACGGCGUCCACGGUGACCGACUUCUCCGUGGCCGACGGGCUUGGAGUGGUCCCCGCCGCGCCGUGCGAGAGCCCGCCGCUGCUCGGCCAGGCGUCCUGCCGCAGCGGGCGCCUGUCGUCGGAGCUACGGGCGUCGGUGCCGGAAUCGGGCGGGUCCGCGCGGGCAUCCAACCCGCUGUGCUACCGCUCGCUCAACUCGGCCCUAUCGAUCUCAACGGCGGCGGCGGGGAAGGCAUCGGCAGCAGCAAGGCCACCGCAGCCGCAAGGGGCGAAGGCAGUAGAGUUGAAGAAGGCGGCGGUCGUGGGGGGCAGGAAGAUCGUGGGGAAGCAGGAGGACGUGCACCAACUGCGCCUGCUGGACAACUGGUACUUCCAGUACAGGUUCCUGAACGCCCGGGCGGAGGCAGCGGCUAAGGCCAUGACUGCCGCUGCGGAGAAAUCCCUCUGCGGGCUCGCCGGGGGGAUCGCGGGACUGCAGGAAUCUGUCGCCGAGAAGAGGGCGGAGGUGGAAAGGAUUAGGAGAGAGCAGAGAUUAUGCUCAGUAGUUACUGCUCAGAUUCUGUACUUGGAUCAAUGGGGUGAAAUUGAGAGGGACCAUUCAAGUUGUCUUAGAGGGGCAACAACAGCGCUGCAUGAUGUGUCACUGCGACUACCGAUCAUUGGGAAUAUUAGGGCAAACUGUGGGGAGAUCGCAGAAGUUCUUAACUCAGCAGUGCAACUGAUUGAACCACUGUCACCUUGUGUCAGAAAUUUCCUCCCAAAGGUUGAAAACAUUGAUGACGUGGCCUCCAACCUCUCCCAAGUUGUCGCCACUGAAAGAGCGUUGAUAGAAGAGUGUGGAAAUCUCCUGUACCAAGCACAGAACCUCCAGAUGAGAGAGUACAGUUUGAGGACUCAACUGGUGCAGCUGAAACAAGGAACUAACACAAAAUAGAAGGAAGAGGAGAAAUAAAAACACGAUGCCAAAUCUUUUGUUCGCUGAAUGGAACUAACUAUGCUCCACCAUUGGGAAUCUUCCAAAGUAAAAACGCAGGAGUAUCACAUAUGUUUCCAAGUACAUAUCACAUAUGUUUUCUGUAGUUAGUUUCUGUUGUCGUGGAAGCAUUUUGUUGUCUAGCAAUGGCGAUAAAACGUGGAAGCAUUGAAAUUUUACAGAUCAAAAUUUGUUGAUUCGUUGAUAGUACGUGCCUUGCUUACAUUCUGCUGUAUUUUGUUUGCUUCUGGAAAAUAGAUCCUAAUAUGUUUGUUUGAAAAUAGACGUUACGCAGACGCAAUGUUC